AGGGGUGCGCGAGUGCGCGAGCACGCUUAAAAGCCUCAGCGCGUUUUACCGCAGUAUCACUGGACUACCCGUGCGCGCUGCGACACUCCGUCCGGUUUUAAGGGGGGAGAAAAAAACGUUCGUUCCUCACUGAGCCACGCGCAUUUUGUUUCAUUUCAUUUUAACCACAACAGGCUGAGGGCACACCAUCUUUCCAAAGCACCUGUUCAGGUCGCCGACAUUUUUUUCUUUUUUCUUACCAUUCACCAGGGCCGGACGGAUUGCCUCAGGGCGCGCGGUGUUCCGUUAUACGGUGCCGUCUCACAUUUCAUCUCCGUCAGUUCCGUUAUUUGUCCAUCCGCCGCGAAUCGUAGCGAGUAGACCUGACCAGAACCAUGGCCAAGGAAGACGACGAGAGGAAACCAAAAUCAGCACCAUGGACGGAGUUCUUCUGGAACCCCCGGACGCACGAAGUGAUGGGGAGGACAGCAAGCAGCUGGGGCUUGAUUAUUCUCUUCUACCUGGUGUUCUACACAUUCCUGGCAGGGAUGUUCGUGCUCACCAUGUACGUGAUGUUAUGCACCAUUGACGAGUACAAGCCCACCUAUCAGGAUCGUCUGGCCAUUCCAGGAUUGAUGAUCCGACCAAAAGGAGAGCUGAUGGAAAUUAUCUAUAACAUAGAGGACACUGAGAGCUGGGAUAAAUAUAUCCAGAAACUGGACAACUUCUUGGCCCCCUACAACGACUCUGUACAAGCACAGAAAAACGACGUCUGCACCCCGGACAGCUUCUUCUACCAGGAGGACAGUGGCGAGGUGCGCAACAACCCCAAGCGCUCCUGCCAGUUCAACCGCACCAUGCUGGGGAGCUGCUCAGGCCUCGGCUCAGAGUCAGACGUCCGCACCUACGGUUACGGAACUGGCCAGCCCUGCAUAUUUAUCAAGCUCAACCGGGUCAUCGGAAUGCUGCCAGGGAAAGGUCAAGCUCCUUACGUCUCUUGUGGUCCUAAGAUGUACAAAAUUGGACCGGAUGAGUGGAACCAGGACACUGAUAAGAUUGGUGAGCUGGAGUACUUCCCCACCAACGGCAGCUACAAUUUCAUGUACUACCCUUUCUAUGGCAUCAGGGCACAGGUGAAUUAUUCCCAGCCGCUGGUGGCUGUUAAGUUUACUAACAUCACCUACAACACGGAUGUGAAUGUGGAAUGCAAGAUCAUCUCAGACACCAUCACCGAGUACAGUGAAAGGGACAAGUUCGCCGGACGUGUCUCUUUCAGGCUGAGAAUCAACAAGAACAUCUAAAGCGCCAGUACCUGCCAACCAAACACGUGUGCACAGCACACACACACACACACUCACACUCAUACACAAACUCAGUACACAAACACACACACA